GGCGAGGAGACGGGGGGACAAGGUGUGGUGAGUGGUGACAGUCUAACCGGACCAGAGGGAGCAAGAGAAGCAGUAGGAGCAGUUCUGUUUGCAAUCCUGAGUGCAGAAACGCGUACCUCCACCACUGAGCGCUUGCAUAUACUGAUAAAACGAUGCACCAGCGCCGCUUCGCCGCAGAGUCACAGCCGCUGACCAGGUGUUGGGGCAAAGAACAGGGACGCCGUUAACGUGACAGAAGGUUAACCUGUAUCUAUGUGCUGUGCGCACUUCUCUCUGGUCCCAUUCGCAGACGAUCGAGAAGAUGCUGAGCCGACUGAUGAGCAGCAGCAUCAGGAGUCUGGACAGGGAAUGCAACUGCACUGUGAGACUGCUGGACGACUCAGAGUACACCUGCACGAUUCAGCGGGAUGCCAAAGGACAGUACCUGUUUGACCUCAUCUGCCACCAUCUCAACCUGCUGGAGAAAGAUUACUUUGGUAUUAGAUAUGUUGACCCAGACAAGCAAAGACACUGGUUGGAGUUUACAAAGUCAAUUGCCAAACAAAUGAAGUCCCAGCCUCCAUUCACCAUGUGUUUGCGUGUCAAGUUUUACCCGCCGGACCCUGCUGCUCUGAAGGAGGAAAUCACCAGAUAUCUUGUCUUCCUGCAGGUCAAAAGGGACCUCUACCAUGGCCGUCUCCUCUGUAAGACAUCAGACGCAGCUUUGCUGGCUGCCUACAUUUUACAAGCUGAAAUUGGUGAUUAUGACCCUGGGAAGCACCCCGAAGGCUACAGCUCCAAGUUCCAGUUCUUUCCUAAACACUCAGAGAAGUUGGAGCGUCGGAUUGCUGACAUCCACAAGACUGAGCUAAUAGGUCAGAGUCCGGAAACAUCAGAGAUGAACUUCCUCCAGAAGGCUCAGAUGUUGGAGACGUAUGGAGUGGACCCUCAUCCUUGCAAGGAUGUGUCUGGGAACCCAGCCUUUUUGGCUUUCACUCCUUUUGGAUUCACCGUGCUGCAAGGAAACAGAAGGGUCCAUUUUCUUAAAUGGGAGGAGGUGACUAAACUCAAGUUUGAAGCAAAGACAUUCCAUAUUUAUGCAAAUCAGAAGGAGGACAGGAAGAUAAUACUUACUUACUUUGCACCUACACCAGAGGCCUGUAAGCAUCUGUGGAAAUGUGGAGUUGAGAAUCAGGCGUUUUAUAAGUUGGAGAAAUCGAGUCAAGUCCGCACUGUGUCCAGUAGUAAUCUCUUCUUCAAGGGUAGUCGCUUUAGAUACAGUGGAAAAGUUGCAAAAGAAGUAAUGGAGCAAAGUGCCAAAAUUAAGAGAGAUCCCCCUGAGAUCCACAGGGCUGGCAUGGUGCCCAGUAGGAGCUGUCCAUCUAUCACUCAUGGUCCUCGUCUGACCAGUGUACCAAGAACCCGACGGAGAGCUGUGCACAUCUCAAUAAUGGAAGGUUUAGAGUCUCUUCGAGACAGUGCCCACUCCACGCCUGUGCGCUCUGUUUCCCAUGGUGACUCCUUCAUGCCUUCCCGGGGCCAGAUGGUGGAUGGCAGCGAGGCUAGUACGUCAGCAGUGAUUUCUGACGAGGCCUACAGCCCCUCAGACAGCGUGCUGCCUACGCCUGUGGCAGAACAUGGAAUGGAGAUGCCCUUGGCUCGUCACCUCAACGGCGCACCCUGCAGCAUCGAUGAGGAGAAGGAGUCAGAGGCAGGGGCAUUAAAGGAAGGGCAUGCAGUGGAGUUCAGGUCCAGCAGGAGAGCACUGGGUGUGGUCAGGAGCAGGCAAUCACCACCCAGUGAUGUAGAGGAGCUCAACAAGUUUAUCCUAAGCGUGUUGCGCCUGUUCCUGGUUACCAUCGGACUGCUGUUCGUCCUAUUGCUGCUCCUCAUCAUGCUGACUGAGUCAGACCUGGAUAUAGCCUUCCUGAGAGACAUUCGCAAGACACCUGAGUUCCAGCAGUUCCACUUUGAAUAUUUCUGUCCCCUGCGGCGCUGGUUCGCCUGUAAGUUACGGUGGCUGGGAGGUUUCCUCGUCAGCAAGUGAGUUGAAUGAACAUACAGAAUGACUGAACGCAGGCUCCACUGAUGAUGAAGGUGGGACAUGUUUAACAGACAGGUCAGAGGAUGGAGGAGAGGAUGGGAAAGAUGCUAUGUUUAUAAUAUCAGCUCGGCUUUUCCCGGCAAGGGUUCCUGUCACAAGCCACGGACUGCCGUGAUUAUAAUGUACGACUUUCACUAUGAAGAAAAGAAGUCACAUUUUACGUUAGAAAUUCAGGUCAUCUCAAGGUAUUUUAUUUUUACACGAAGUCACAGUAAUUAAAUUUAAUUCAAACUCUGAUAGACUUCAUUGUUCAAGCAGAGAUCAUAGUUGCCUUUAUUUUUCUAUUCAUUUCUAUGUUGUAACAUUAGGAUGGGACAAAAUGACCUGAAGUUUGAAGGUGUGUGUUACAGGAAGAGAGUUAAGUAAAGUUCAGAGAGAAAACGAGAACAGGAGCAACCCUGCUUAUUUGUAAUGAUAUCAAACAAUCAGUGACUUUCCUGAUGGCCAUCGUUUGAAGAUUGACCAGUUUGUUGGGGGUUGGAGAAUGUAUGAAAUGAACACGUAAGCAGCACGUCUUGAAAGCAGAUGUGACUUGAGUCUGAUGAUAAUUUAAAUAUUAUUGUAUUAUUUAGUUCUAAAGCAGAUGCAAAUACACUUUAUAUAUUUUCCUCAACUUUCCAAAUCUGGUAUGGAACUAAAUUAAAACUUUUAUAAAUAAAUUUAACAACUGAAAAAAGUUAGUUGCAAUAGCUUUAUAGCAUGUGUGAUGUAGGUGCUGCCCUGUGAGGGGUUGGAUAAUUAUUUUUGAAGUACGCUAACUUUGUUUGUGGUCAGAGCUUUGUUAGAUGUUAUCACACGUUUUUGUCCAGAACACUAGAAGACAGUUUUACUAAUAGGAUAUAAUAGAAAAAGUAUUUGUUCUUUAUUAGGUUUUAAAAUGAGGAAAAUACAACCUCAGACGAAAAACACCAUUUAAUAUUUUAUACCAGUCAUUUAUACCAUAUCUUUAUUUAUUUUGGCAAAAAGCAUUACACCCUUACUGCUUCCACAGGCAUUAAGAGGGUAAGUAUCAGCUGGCAAUACACUCGAUUAAUUGAUCAUCAGCAAGUGGGAGCACUGAAGGCUUGAAACAAUCACUUUGUGUUAACAGUGUCAUUUAGGUAACACACCACCAAUUAUCCUAAAGAAGCAAUUCAGAAGUAUCAGUCUGGAAAGACUCAUGAGGCCAUUUCCAAACAGUUUGCUGUCCAUCAUUUUAUUUUUAGAAAGAUUAUGUACAGGCGGAAAACAUUCAAGACAAUUUCCAAUCUUCCCACAAGUGAACAUCCCAUCAAAUUCAUCCAAAAAAAACUGUCUGUCCAACAACUAAAGUUUUCCGGAAUUGGGUCAUUUAACAAUAAAAUGAUCCAGAGCACACUGAUAUAUCUUCACCACCAUAGCUGUAACAGAAGAGGAUCAAAUGCCUCCAAACUUCAAUAAAACAUUGCAGCAUUAUCUAAAGACAGCUGAUCAUACAACAGUGUGAGAGACUGAUAACAUUAUACAGAAAACAAUUCAAGUUAUUGCUGCUAAAGGUGGUUUAAUAAACUACUGAAUCAGAUAACAGUAGAAUAAUAUACCAUGAAUUGUUGCUCAAUCUGAGGUUAUAUUUGUUUAAUUUUAAGACCUGCUAAGGAAGUAAAGGGUGUAAUUUUCUUUUCAUGUGACUCUAAGUAAAUAAUGGAAGUUAUCAGUUUACAGUUGAUUAAAAAGCAGCCAAAUAACACUAGCACUAGUGACUACAAUCAGUUUCUGUGUGUGAGGAAUAAUUUGUCACUUUGCUGUAGGUACUUUUACAGUAGAUGUAAAGGUGAUGGGACAAUGUGAGCUAGCACCGUAGUAGUAAAGUGUUUGGUUAGUUCUUUAACUCCCAUAAGCAGCAGAAGGGGUUCAUCUUGAUGUGCAAUACUGUUGAUAUAUAUUAGAAAACAAAGAACAGAAAUCCUUUUUUCAUUAAGGGAAAUUUGUCUUUAUUUCAUCUUUGUGAGAUUUUAAAAUUAGCGCUAUUUCCUGCAGUGUAUACUGUUGUUAAGAAUUCAUUUUUAGUUUAAAACCCUUAUGAAGUGAUUAGCUUAAAUUUCUUUAACUUUACUGUGUUUAGACUUUUGCAUUUAUCAGUAAAAGCUGAGUUUAAAGUCAUGUUUUCGAUUUUUGUGCACUACUGUCCUGUUAACAUAUUGAGGCUUCCUCGCAGUGACUUUAAUGUGUGUGAAGCAUUGUUUUUACAGUGAAUAUGUGGUUUUCAACCCUGCAUAAGAGAGCCUAAGAUAAGUUAUGUUUAUGUCCAAUACUGUAAAACUUUAUCAUUACACCUACCAAAGAAACCUCUGUUGUCUCAUAUGUUAGCGUUUGCAUCAACAGAUGGAAAUGUCUAUGCUCUGCUGUACUUCUUUAGCCUUAUUACUUGUAUUUUGCAAACUAACCUACUGUGUGUCUUUAAAAUCCAGAUCAACUGAAUUAGUCCCAAAAGUUUUGAAGGUUCAGUAUUAUUCUGCUUUUCAAUGCUACAGGUGGUUGCUCAAGAUAUGGAUAUGUAUAAAAGAGUGUGUAUCAAUGGUAAUUAUGGUUAAUCAGCAGGUACAUGGAUGUAAUUGAUGUAUUUACUGUUAAAUCAGUGAUUGGCUGAGGGAUUCUGUCUAUUUAGGUGCUUGUAUGUAGUGUGAAAAGAUAUUAAUAUUCCAAGUCUUUCCUCAAAAACUCCCAGUUUUCAAGGUAAUACAAAGCAUAACUUUUAGAGUCACAUAGUGUUAAUUAUUAAGCUGUAAAUGCUGAUUUUAUAUAUGUACAUGGUAAAAAAAACAAAAAAACAAAUCACCACAAGAAGCAUUAAUAAUUCUAUUCUUAUUCCCCUUUUGUUCAAGGUUGCAUAAGGAACAGAAACAGUAACGGAUAUGUUUAUAUAUUAUUAAAAAAUAUUUUGGCAUUGGUUUUUAAAUGUGAUCAUUUACUAUAUAUAUAUAUAUAUAUAUAUAGUAACUUAUCACAUUUAUGUAUAUGCUUUUAUUAACAUGGUACUUGGGUAAUUAGGAGUGAGGAGGGAAAAAAGCCAGUCAUUUUGCUUUUUACCUGCCUAUUUUGUUCAAGUGCAACAAAAAAAAAAAAUAAGUACAGCAUAACCUCAGCAAUAGUGUGUUUAGGAUAAUUACCAUGAAUUGUUAACUGCAGUUAAAAGGCUCAGUCUUCAACAAAUGCAAAAUAUUUUUAAAAUCCUGUCACAAAAAACAGCCUGUAGAUGCAUGAAUGAAAGGAACGGAUUCCUGUUCCUGGAGACGUUUUCAUAUAAAUCCCAUAGAGCCGCCAAAUCUUAAGUCUGCUAGUGCUUGACUGAUCAAUUUUAAUUUUUCUUAAGUCACCCAUUAUCACUUGUUUUUGAUAAAAAAAAAAAAAGUUUUACAGCAGUGAAGGUGAAACGGAUCAUUUUAGCUUUUCUACAGCUGGUCAUAAACAGCAAAAGUAGCAUUUUCUACUGCCUUGAUUUUCUUGUUUGUGCAAUUACUUUCUGUUGAUUUUUUAACAACUAGAGUGGCACAGUAAUGAAAAGCUGUGACAGUUUCACUGACAAGCAACUCUUGUUUUCAUUUAACUGAAUCAUGUCAACAGGAACAAGGUCUCAUAUGUUCUUACCAUAAGCUUCCUUACUGUACCAAGGCCUUGCACAUGGCAAUUUCUCUGUAAGCAUGUGUUCUGCAUUUAUUACCUCCAAACAAGACUGGUGUAAUCUAUGAAUAAAUAUUAUUUACA